AUGUAUUUCCAAGAAGCUUUUGAUCAUCAAGCUUUUGGCAAACAAAAAUCUGAUGAAAAUGAAGAGUUUGCUCUUCAUAAGUCAAACAUCCCUCUUACACAACUGCAAGGUUCUGCAUUUAAAGAAAAAUCUAGACAAAUCUUGACUGAAAAGGUCAACUGUUUAGGUCCAGGCUAUGAAUAUACAUAUGAUUUUGGUCCGACGUGCUCUUUUUUUAAAUUUCUUAUCCCUUCAAUUAAUAAUAAUAUUUCUUUGUUACUAUUAAAACACCUAUGAAUAUUUUAUACAGCUAAUAAUUUGUUUUUUUUCAUCAACAAAAAUGAAUUAAGGUAAUUAUAAAUAAAAUAUAUACGAUUAUUUUUUUAUAUUUUACUAUCAAAUUGGAGGGAAACUAUUUUUUGUGGAAAUAAUGCAGUUUUUCACUAUUAAAUCGGUAAAGUUAGUGCUCACCCUAGAUUACAAGGAAUCCGACGGAAGUUACAGCUGUGAGUCCCAGAUACAAUUGUUUAUAAUGAUACUGAUAGACCUUAUUGGAUUUAUUCUGACCUAGAAGGUGAAGUCUGCAGAAUCGAAAACUUCGCAGAAAAAGAUAUCAUUGACAAAAUUGGUAGAAAUUUAUCCGGAAAUACACCAGUUGGAGUAAGUAAAAAGCAAUAUUACGACCAUAAAUUGGGAAGAGUUACCGGAAAUACUGCAACUGUAGUAACUGCUGACGAGCUUAAAGAAAUGAUAAGAGUUUCCCAGAAGCGUGACCGUGAUAAAUGAUGCUUACAAAAAUUCAUUAAAUGUCGAGGCAUCAAAGCAUUUAUCUGCAGAACUGUGGUGCAGAUAGGCAAAAGGCCAUAUUGCUGACUUAUCACUAAUCCUUCAGCAAUGCCACAAGGAGGCUAUUUAACUGAUGAAAACUCUAAUAUUGUUCAAGUCAAAGGAGGAAAAUUCGUUGACGAAACUUCUGCUAUUAUCGGAAAGAUGCUGCUAUAUUUAGAAAGGAUGCUGAAAAUAAAUUUUGAAGAAUUUGUAUGUGAUUUUAUUAAAGAUGAAGGCGAUAUGUGGUGAAUGAUUGAUGUGAAAGCCUUUAAAGUUAUAAAUAAUAUUAUUCCACAAAUAGAUAUUUUUUUGCCUCAGAGUAUGGAUGAUGAUAGAUUUGACCAAAAAUCACAAAAAGGCUUGGUCGAGUAUAAAAAACUCAAAAGAUGCGAAUUUUGUCAUGUUGGAUAUGAGUGGCUUAGUCAUGAACUUACGUUGAAAAUGAUUUUUGAGAUGGAAGAGCACCUAAGAAGAAGGGGAAAAAUCGUAUCGUGACUGGAAAAUAAAGAGUAUCGGCAUAUUGAUGAAGCGACUUUAUAUCAAAAUUACCAUGUUUGUGACUAUUGUUUUAAACUUUAUACAGAAACACAAGUGCUUAAAGAACUUGAGCAGAGAUUUGGCCGAGCUUUAGGAAUACCAACAAAGCAUGAAGAUCCGCCUCCUCAAGAAUAUGAAUUAAUCCCUGAGGUUUCACUUCGUGUAAUAAAAGAUGACCCUACAUCCCGAAAUAGAUUUUAUUCUCUUGAUAAGUUUCGUGUUUUACUUGUAUUUUCUGAAUUAAAUGAAUGUGGUGACAAAUUUCAGCUAAAAAAUUCUUAUUAUAUAGAAUAUGAAUUUUUAGGGGAAACCCAUAAAUUCAAGAUAAAGACCCCUAAAGAUGGGGUUUUAAAUAUCCAAAAACUGACUUUCACAUCUUAAUUGAGCCAAUUGCCAUUAUUCGAUUGGGUGGAGAUUUAUAUAUUUAUAUAAAAUUUUUUAUAUAUAAAAUAUUUCAUGCACUAAUGAUAAUAGGAAAAUAAUUCGUCAAGGACAAGGGCUAUUUUUUCAAAUUUUAAAUGGUGAUGCUAGAUCAAGUAGGGGGAGUGAGGCUUUUUUAUUUUUUUAGUAAUGGUAGAAAUUCGUUUUGCCACUUUCUAAAUAAAAAUCCUAGCAUUCUUGUAAGACUUGUCUCAGAUAACGAAGAAAUUGGACAUACAAGUUUGAUAUUAAAAGACUUUGAAAGCCCCUUUGUAAUAAAGAAGACUUAUUAUCAAAACAUGGGAGGUCCUAUGUUAAGAGCAAACAUUGGAAUUAUAUGAGAUGUGGGGCAUAAAGUAUCUGAAUUAAAGCUGAGGCCAUUUCAUGGGGUCUAUUUGCCUCCUUCAGAUUAUACAACUUGCGACCCAUUGCCUGAUGAAUGAUUUGAAAUCCUUCCUGCUUCAGAUUGCCUGCAAAGUCCAUCAACUCAAUCCCUGAUGUCUCCAAAAAGCACGACAAACACCAAUUCUCAGCAAAGUCUGAUAAAAAUAAAAAAGCGAAAAUCAAAGCAUGCAUCAAGGCUAAAAAAAGAAAAAAACCAUAGAAUUUCUUCAGCGAAAAUAAUAUCACUAUAA